AUGAUUGAAGACGAUGUCUAUCGGGCAUCAUCGCAAUAUCGAUAUUGGUCAUACACAAAAGAGAGUCUCGCCCGGAUACGGCAGAAUACCAACGAUCUUGCAUCUGAGCGAGUCAGAGCAGCAUUUCACAGAGCACAUACUGCGCACCCUGCACAUAGUUCAAAUUCGCAUAACGCCGUGAGCGCUGGAGAUGCCGACGCCGAUGCUAUGGAGAUCGACGUCGACGUCGACGUCGAAACCCUGACGGUGGACGAAGAACUGAAGAUUGUGGAAUGGGGCUGCUCUAAGAUCAUGGAAAUGGGCGAGGCGAUGAACCCACGGAUACCUUCGCAUAUUGUGGCAACAGCGAUACAAUAUCUUCGUCGUUUCUACCUCACCAACUCCCCCAUGACAUAUCAUCCCAAACAAAUCAUGACAUGCGCACUCUACCUCGCCACAAAAGCCGAUCAUUUCUACAUCUCCCUUGCCAAAUUCGUCGCCGAACUCGCCAAUUUAAGCGAGGACGAUGUCAAAGCCCCUGAGUUCCUGCUUCUACAAGGGCUUCGUUUCACGCUUGACGUGCGGCAUCCCAUGAAAGGCCUGGCGGGAGGGCAUAUCGAGAUGAAUGUUAUGGCGGACGAAGGUCGGUUGGGAGACAUUUCGAAAGCUACAGGGUCAGCGAAAAGGAUAGGCACGGCCGCCGACCAUGCAAAAAGACUACUCGCCACUGCAGCUCAAAUGACUGAUGCCUACUUUCUCUACACGCCCAGCCAGAUCUGGCUUGCGGCAAUGAUGGUCGCAGAUAGGGAGCUCGUCCAGAUCUAUCUGCACAACAAGCUCUCCGAACUAUCUUCCAAUGAAGCUACGACGAGUCUACAGCAAAAGCUUAUGUCGACCAUCUCUGCGUGCGCGUCUCUCCUCGAGUCAUAUCGCUCGCCCAAAGACGACGCCUCCCAACGUAAGGAGAUAAAGCGUAUAGGGAAAAAGUUGACGGUCUGCCAGAAUCCGGAGAAAAUGGACAUCGUGGCGGUUGCGAGGGCGAAGGCUGCAGAAAAGAGAGGAGGUAAGGACAGUGAUGUGGGAAAGGCGCUGAAGAAACGCAAGCUAGAGCGGGAUAUGAUGGACAAGGAUGGGGAUGUGUUUGGCCCUGAUCUGAGAAACGUGCCAGGCUCGGGAGAGGAUUAA